UGCAGCGCCGGGGCCGCGGCAUAAAGGGAGCGCGGGGGCCCGGCCCGGCCCGGCCGUGGGGGCUGCUGCUGCCGCCCCGGCGCGCGGGUCCUGAGCGCCCGCCCGCCCGGCCAUGACCGCCGAGAGCCCCCCGCCGCCGCGCCGCGCCAGCCCCGCCGAGCCCGCGCCGCUGCCGGCCAAGGCGCAGCCGGGCCCCGCGGCCGGGGGGGAGGCGGAGGCGGAGGCGGCGGGGCGCGGCGGGCGGCGGCGCAAGCGGCCCGUGCAGCGGGGCAAGCCGCCCUACAGCUACAUCGCGCUCAUCGCCAUGGCCAUCGCGCACGCCCCGGAGCGGCGCCUCACGCUGGGCGGCAUCUACCGCUUCAUCACGGAGCGCUUCCCCUUCUACCGCGACGGGCCGCGCAAGUGGCAGAACAGCAUCCGCCACAACCUCACCCUCAACGACUGCUUCGUCAAGAUCCCCCGCGAGCCAGGCCGCCCGGGCAAGGGCAACUACUGGGCGCUGGACCCCCGCGCCCGGGACAUGUUCGAGAGCGGCAGCUUCCUGCGCCGGAGAAAGCGCUUCAAGCGCGGGGACCUGUCCACCUACCCCGCCGCGCCGCUGCCGGCCUACGGGCCCGCGCCGCCCGCCGGCUACCCCGCCUCGCCGCCCGCCCUCUUCGGCCUCAGCCCGCUGGCCCCGCAGCCCGCCCAGCCCCUCAGCCCCGAGCUGGCCCCUUCCCCUGCCAGCGCCUGCUCCUUUGGUGCGGCCGGGGCCUUCCCCACGCAGGCCUGCGCCCUGCCCCGGCCCCCCAGCACCGUGGCCUACAGCUACCUGGGCCCUGCUGCCCCCCUGCAAGUCAACCAGGGCUCCUACUCGCACAGCAGCGGGCAGCUCUUUGGGGCCCCGGCUGCCUCGCCCCCACUGAGCAAUGAUGCCGCGGACUUCUAUGGCAGGGGGUCACCCACCGCUUACCCCGCGCAUGGCUACGGUGCUGGCGGGCAGCUGGCCGGGCAUGGGGCCUACCUGCAUCACGGGUCCUACCCCAGCAGUGUGGAGAGGUUUGUUUCCGCCAUGUGAGGCCGGCAGGAAAGGCUCUAUCUCUCUUUUUAAGAUGGGGAGGACCCAGCCUUGAGCGUGGGGUAGGACUAGAUGGCCUCCUGAGGUCCCUUCCAGCUCGGUUUUUUUCUCACCAUUCUGCGGAGGACACUGUCUCCAGGCAGGAGCCUCGCACCCUUGCCUGAGUUGGGUAGGCUCUCUGUUCAUGGCGGGAGCAGGCUCCAACAGGUUCUUUUCCAGGGCCACCAGACUCCACCUGACAGCUGGUCGUGGAGACUCCUACGUACAACGCAGCGUGGAGGAAGUUGGGGAAACAAGACUGGACAAUGAUGGCCCCUGCCAUUAGCCAGACCAGGAGUUUGGUUAAUGCAAAGGACCUGUCCUGAGCUUGGCCGCCGCUGCUCUGUGGGGAGUCUUAGCUGGGGUGCUGCCAUACCCAGCAGCACAGUGCAGAGACUGCUAGGGAGAUAUUGACAACUAUGAAUGCACCAAGAGAUUUUCCUCCCCAGGUAUCCAGGAAGAGGCGAAUUGUGAACGCAUUCUAGCAAAUGCACAUUGAUUCAUUAGAUUGCAUUUUCUUUGGGUCCGAAAGCUAGCAGGCAGGGGAAUGCCUCUAUACAAUUCUCUUUCUACUGACUCUUGCAAUAUAACAGCAAUAAAUGGUUCUGUUACCA